AGCAGGGUGCGUCACGUGUCGCUGUGCAGGUUGCAGAGGGAAUUGGUUGGUAUUUUCAAACUCGAGUGAAAGCAAAAAAGCGUUUACAUAAAUUUUAAAUAUAGGAGGCGUCCUGGUUGGUGUACGCGGGAGCUGUAGAGAUAGAAGGAGGGAGGGAACGAGAGAGAGAGAGAGAGAGAGAGAGAGAGAGAGAGAGAGAGAGCUCUCUCCCCAAACCCCAAACACUCCGCACCCGCUCUAAGUCGCGCAGGCUGCAGCCUCUGGCCAGGAUAUGGGCUACUUCAAGAUUUAGCGGCGGAAAUUUCGCGGUACAUAAAGGAGAGGAUAGUAAGGCUCACGCUCACUGACAGCAGACAUUGUUCUUGAUAAUCUGUCUCGUGCUUCCAUAAGUAAGGAGCAGGAUAGAACAAAACCUACAUCUCAGUUGGUGCGACUUGCAAUCGAUCCUCGGUCUCAUCGGCCCAUCGGGAUCGCUUUCGGUGCACAGAAAACAAAAGCCAGCGGGCGGACACAGCGCCGCUGGAAAGAAGAAGAAGCAGAAGACAGUGACGGGCUAUCAGCUCGUGAGAUGCGCUACAUCCAGCCGUUCAUCUGUCUGCUUCUCCUCCAUCCUCGCGCGUCAGAAAGGUGUGCUCAGCUCUCUCGAAACAUAUAAAGAGGAACUGGAAAAACAAAAAUGGCUAAUCGGCGGGAGGUGUAACCCUGUAAAGUGAAACAAGUUUUUUGAUGGGAGAGGGCAGGGCGCUCUUUUACGAUUUUAGCCGCCGCGCAGCUGGAGGAUCGUUUGCCUUGAGGUGUCAGUAUUAAAUCUGUUGGCAACCUACGAAAGCACGUUUCGGUGAGAAAAGCUCUCGACUGGAUUAAUCAGAGGAAGGUUCUAAAAUAAAUUCCACUUUGUUUUUGCGGGUUUCUGGUGUAGAGGAGGCUCCGGAGGUCGCACCACAUCCGAAGACAUCAUGUAUUCACUUCUAAUCGUUUAGUGAUCUGUCUUCCAGGAAACUUGGUAUUAAAUUGCACCAGACGGGCUAAUUGUGUCAAUUUCCUGUAUAAAUGCAUCUAUAAAAUUACAGCGGUGGAAGAAAACAAGGCUUCUGUCUGCUAAAGACGAUGUAGGUCGACGGCGCAAAGCAAAUGAAUAGGAAAAAAACGACCUGAAGAAGAGAGCGCGCUCUCUCCAUAGCAAGUCGUACAGAUCGCUUUGCUGCUGCUGCUUCUACAUUUAACAACAUUAGCCGAAAUAUUGUCUUUUGGGUAAACGUGAGUCAAAUAUCACACAAUUAGAAUGCCUGCUUUGUCGGAUUCGCUUCCUAAUGUGUCUAGUGCCAGAGGUUUGCGCUGUUCCCAGUCAAAGAGAGCCCCGUUUUCAGCCCGGGAUGUAUUGUGAAGGUGACAACACCAGCAGCACCCUGUAACUUGUAUCAUUAACAGAGGAUCUUUGGAAUAAUUUCCGUAAGAACAGCAAGAACUGGGGGAAAGUGCUAUCCCAUCUCUGGAAUUUGGCAUCGGAUUGUUUUCAUUUCCAAGCCGAUAACGAAGAAGAGAAGCACGCCUUCCUCACGUCCAGCACCUGCGGCUCAAGACGACAGCCGUCCAACAUGUUCAAGCGAGGGUACGGAUUGGAGUUCUUCCUCAUGCUUUGCGGCCUGGAGCUGCAACUUUCCUGGUCAUGCCCUCGGCACUGUGUCUGCUACACCUCGCCCACCACAGUCAGCUGCCAGGCCCAUAACUUCCUGACAGUUCCCGAGGGCAUCCCGCCACACAGCGAGAGAAUAUUCCUACAGAACAACCGCAUUGGCAUGUUGCUGAGGGGCCACUUCAGCCCCCACACUGUGACGCUGUGGAUCUACUCCAACAACAUCACCUUCAUCGACCCGGACACCUUCCAGGGCUUCACUCAGCUCGAGGAGCUCGACUUGGGGGAUAACAAAUACCUGAGGGCUCUGGCCGCAGAGACUUUCCAUGGACUCUCCAAACUGCAUGCCCUGCACUUGUACCGCUGUGGCCUGAGCUCCCUGCCUGAUGGCAUCUUCCAGGGUCUGCACAGCCUGCAGUAUCUCUACUUACAGGACAACCGGAUUGAAUCCCUUCAGGACAACCUCUUUGUGGACCUGGUGAAUCUUAGCCACCUCUUCCUUCACGGCAACAAGCUGUGGAGCCUCCAUCAGAACACAUUCCGAGGUUUGUCUAAUUUGGAUCGACUCUUGCUCCAUCAGAAUCAGCUCCAGUGGGUUCACAGGUGGGCUUUCCACGACCUGAAGAAGUUGACCACCUUGUAUCUGUUCAACAACUCCUUGACGCAGCUGUCCGGAGAGUGCUUAGCUCAGCUUCCCUCCUUGGAGUAUCUGCGGCUCAAUGGUAACCCUUGGGAGUGCAGCUGCAAGUCACAUUCUCUGUGGGAUUGGCUGCAGAGAUUCCGAGGGUCCAGUUCGAGUGUCCUUUGUGAGUCACCCUCUGAGGUGAGGGGCAAAGACCUCAAGCAGCUAAGUAAAGACGAGUUCCCCAACUGCUCUGGUUCAGAGUCUCUGCAUCAAAUCAAAACAAGCACCUGGACCACCGCAGAUAAGUCCUCCUUCAAGGAGGAUCAGCACAGUCAUCACCACAACAACCAUCACCACCAUCACCAUGGGCAGCAGCAGCCACCAGGUGUCAUUCCACCGCCAGCUGACAAAAUGAGCCCCCCUUCUUCCGACAAUAUCCCCCCUUCGACCUCAGGAACUGGCCGUGUUGGGAGCCAAAGGCCUCAUGGGUCUCGGAACUGCACCCGACAGCGAGCGCGAGGGCCCAAAAAGGGUCCCAAUGAAGUUCAUCCCAUGGAGGAGAUGGCAGACAAGGAGUAUUCUCCUAUGGAAUUCCCUGGUGAGGACAAAUUUGACCACACAGCCGAGCCACCUCGGAGAAAAUCCAAGUGCACCCGGCGGCCCCCAGUCCGGCCCCCCAGUGGAGUACAACAGGCCACCAAUGCGGGAAGUGUCCCCCACUCCACCUUUUCCUUAGUUAGUCGCAUUGUGGCACUGUGGGUGGUGCUCGCUGUUAUCAUGCGCUGACCACUGGCUCACCAGAACUGCCAAUCACAGCCUGAGCCCUGCACGCAGCACCAAUGUGCCGGCAACUUUUUGAUAAAACAGAACAACAACAACAACAACAAUACUGAUAAAUAUAUUUAAAUACAUGCAAAAUUACAGGAAGAAGAAUACAAAAGAGCAGACAAAAGGACAAGAAAAUGGAAUCUGCAAGUGCAGGCGGGCCAAUGCAGCGGGAAUUUGCACUGCCACCAUGUUCAUUCUUCUUCAGCUAAAAGGACCAAAACGAGGCUGUCGGCCCCGUGCAGCCUUCUGGAAUAUGAAAGAGAUCGGUGGAGGUGUGGUGUGGGGUUGAUGGUGGUGUUUGU